AUGGUCGACGAAAUUAUCCCCAAGACGAUGAAAGCAGUUCUCGUCCAGCCGGAGAAGAAGGUCGCGGUCAUGGACUAUCCCGUGCCUGAGCCCGGCCCUGACGAUGUGCUGGUCAAAGUGGUCGCAACAGCACAGAAUCCCACAGACUGGAAAUUCGUAGACUUCGUGCAGAAAGCGGGUACCGUCCUCGGUGUGGAUUUCUCCGGCACCGUCGUUGCGGCCGGCAGCAACGUUACCCACCUGAAGCUGGGCACCCACGUUGCUGGCUUCGUCAAAGGCGGAGCUCUGCCUGAUAGCGGCGCGUACGCUGAGUAUGUGAAGACACCCGGAGAGCUUGUCUGGCCAGUGCCGGAAGGAACCCUGGGAUUCGCUGAAGCUGCUACUUUGGGCUUUGUGCUUAUACUGGCCGUCCAGGCGCUCUACCAUCCGACACGUCUUGCCCUCGCUGAGCUUCCCUCAAAGCUCCAGCAAGGAUCGGAGGAAUGGGUGUUCGUGUACGGCGGGAGCACGUCCGUCGGGCAAUAUGCUAUCCAACUGCUCCGUCUGUCGGGCUACAAGUCUGCGACGGUCUGCUCGUCAGGCCACUUCGAUUUGGUCAAAUCAUUUGGAGCAGAUGUUGUGGUCGACCGUCACGCCCCUGAUGCACUUCAACAGAUCCGUGAUGCAACGGGUGAGAAGGUAAACCAGCGCGGCGCAGACAGCGCCUCACUGCAAUUUACAGUUGGCGCCAUGGGAAUGGCGGGCGGGCGGGUUAUAAGCUUGGUUGGCCAGGACCCCGCAAAGCUCAAGGAAGCCAUGAGGCAGGGUGUAGAAGUAAAGUUCACCUUGAUAUACACCGCUCUCGGCGGCCCCGCCGCCCUCGCGGCUCCCCCGUCUGAUUGCGCCCACAUGGCCGCCUUCCUACGCAAGGUCCCGGGUCUCGUCUCUGCGGGUAGCAUCAAACCGAACCGCGUCAAGAUCUGGGAAGGCCCUGGAGGUAAGAAAGGCCUUGAAGGUGUGGAGAGUGCGCUGCAGUGGAUGCGUGACGAUAAGGUUAGGGCAGAGAAAUCGUUCAUAUUAUUCGCGACGCAGACGCUUGAGUAA